AUGUCUCAAGAUAACACGGGUACUCCUUCCGUCGAAGAGGAUAGUAAUCGUCCGAUUCGACCCCGGCCCAAUAUUGUUGCCAGUAUUGGUACACCGGCGCCAGGAGGGAUUCACGUGUCAUUCCCCGGACAACAGCCCGGAAUUGCCACACACCAUUUUUCGGCUAACAUAAACGCAUUUACAACGGGAUCUGGUGCAUUUCACGCACCACGAGUGCAGCAACCACAAUCCCAACCAACGCCACAGCCUCAACCGCAGCCAUCCCCACAGCCGCAGGUUCGAGCAACGCCGCAAGCGCAUGUUAACCUGAAUACCUUCCAACAGCAACAGCUUCAAGCUGGUUUGAGUAUGACCGCUGAUGUCCUAGGACCGAGGCUCGGAUUCGCUGGAGUGGCCCCCACACACUCAGGCAUGUAUUCCAAUCUUCUCGGUAGCCCAGGAUUUAAUGUUGCAAUGAACUCACCUGGCGGAAUCGUUGGUCGCAGUUUAUUGCAAGCUUCGUAUCAGCAAGCAAGUGCAAUGAAUGCCCUACGCCAACUUGCUUCAACCCCGAUGCCGGCUCCGGUGCCAUCAGCCUCUGCAACUCCUCAACCACAAAGUUCCCGACCACAACAGACGAUUCGGCAACAAACUAUUCGACAACAGCCGAGUCUCAGGCAGCAGCAAAAUCAAAAUAUGCAUUCCAUACUGCAACAGCAACAGCAACAAUAUUCUCAGCAACGAGUUCAGCAAGCACUUCCUCAACCACAUCUCUCUCAACAGCAAAUACCUCAAAGAAUUGUUACUCCAAGACCAAUUUAUCCACGACAGGAAAUUGGGGUACCAAUUCACGACACUUCCACCACGGAACCAAAUGUAUUAACUUUUCUUGCUAUGCAAUCGUUGAAUCAAGAAGGAACGGAUGAGAGCCAAAUCCACUGGAUGAACAUGAAGCGGCAAGGUUUCGAUCGAGAACGCGAAGCAUUCUCUCGUCGCGAAACGAACAUCCAAAAAAUCGAACAGCAACGCGAGCAGGAGCGCCUUCAAAUGGAACGACGACAACAAGAAGCAAGAAAAGCCGCUGCAGCUGCAUCCGUCCAACAACAACACCAACUCCAAAUUCAGCGUCGUCUGGAUGAACAGCGCGCUGCCGAAAUCGCAGAAAGGGAACAUGCUGAAAUGGUUAAAAGUGCUGUUGCAAGACAGCACGACGCACAACUACUCAACACGCAGCGUAUACAGCAAGCCGCUUCGAAACCGCACAUUCCAAAUUCGGUGAUAAAGAGCAAUCAAAUGAUGAAGCAAGCUCAACAAUAUAACGCUCAAUACGGUGAAGAGCAUGGAAUUCAUAUGCCACCAUAUUACAUAAACGAAGGACGAAGGCAGGCGCCACCAUACAUUGCACACUCUUCUCGAGGACGUCCUCCACUUCGUGGCCGCCCACCAGGUCGUGGGGCUGCAGUUGCUGCUGCCGCCGCUGCUGCUGCUGCUCAAAGACGUGGGGCUGAAAGCCAUGCUGAUCAUGUCCGUAAUCAGGCAGCCAAGCAAUCGGCUGCUCGCAUGAAAGCAGAAACUCGAUCGAGACUUCUUUCGCAAGGAAAUGCUAACAAAGAUGCAAUUCUCAAAGCGCAAUUGGAAGAGAAAAUUAAGCGUGAAGAAGAAGAAGUUCGUCAGCAUGUGCAGCAAAUUCAUCAAGAGAAUCAACGUCGUGCGCAGCAGAAUCAACAACUUGCGUUGGAGCAGCGAAACGCGAUGCAAACUGCUGCAAAUCUUCCAGCUCAGCAACAACAACAUUUGCAGCAAACAAUUUCAAUGAUGAUGCAGAAUACCACUGUCGGAAAUCAACCGCAACAUACACCCAAUCAUCUUCUUCAUCAGACAAUUCCAGCUCCAUCACCCCGCCCGAACAUAUUACUAAGACGCGGUCGCAACGAUCCACCAAGCGCAGCAACUUUGGCUCGAAAGAAGGGAACCGCUGAUGUCCCAAUUCCUGGCGCCCAAAUUGAGCAGCAGAAGCACCAGGAAUCACGCUCGAAUAUUCUACAGCCACCUUCACUUCCAUCGGAAAUGACUCCUUUAGACGGUCCGGGUCCAACACCGUCACCAGCACCGCUCCAAGGCUCAAUGCCGACCCAUGCACAGAUACCAGGCCCUGCGCCGCCAGUCAGCGUUCCUCUUCCAAGAACAGUCAGUCAGGAUACUCCAAGAAAACGCAACAGAAAACAAACUUUCGAGCAGGAAGCAGUUCAGGAACAGAUAACGAUGACCAUCGAUGUUCCAGUUUCCGGUAUCAAAAUCACUCACGGAGGUCCGCCGUAUGUACCACCAGAGAAGAAGCGACGUGGACGCCCCCGGGCUGAACCUCAAUUCAAUAUUGAUUGGGUUGCUCCGAUACAUGUAAAGAAAUCCAUCCCUGUUAACUUGAACAGCCCAGAAGAAAAGCCGAAAAAUACUAAAAAGGGUAAAGCAGCGGCGGCGGCCGCCGCUGCAGCAGCAGCAGCUUCUGCUUCCACGGCUUCAGCUUCUUCUUCUUCUUCUGCUGCUCCACUCACGGCUCCAGGUGCUCUAAACCAAAGUGGUCCAAUUAUUUACGUCCCGGAGCAAAUUGUCUGUGAUCAACGACAAAAGUUCACAACUCCUGUCGAGAAGACAAGUAAGAGCAAGAAGGAGGAAUCUCGUGCUCCGGCAAAAGCACCGACUCCAGCCCCUGUCGCCACUUCUGUUGUGGCUCCGUCGCCAGCUACAGUUAUAACGUCAAAGGCGCCAACGGCGACACCAACGACUGUUGAGGAAUCUAAAGCAUUUGUCAUGCUACCGGACGACCUUCGAUCGUCUAUCGAUGAUCAUACAAAUCCGGAGAACAGGCUACGCAGAGCGAGGGCAAAAUAUGGAAAACAAUACCGUAUUGGCGAGUCUACUGCUCAGCCUGUACAACAAAUUCGCGACGAACCUUCAAUACCACCUAAAGGAAAAAGUGCUAAAAACGCAUCUAAAACAGCUUCGAAGGCAAAAACUGCUCCGAAAUCAACUACAAAAGCGAAAUCCGCUCCGAAACCAAAAGCAGCAUCAAAAGCUGGCACAUCAUCUAAAUCAGCUGCGCAGAAGACGAAAGUUCCAAAAGUUGAGCCAGAAGAGCAACCACCAAAAGAAAAUGCACCCGCGCCGCCUCCAAAACCACGAGGAUUCUUCGACGUUAACACCUUGUCCGAGAAUGCUAGGAAAUCACUUCCGACAUCGAUUAUGGAAUCCGGAGCAAUUGUUAUUGAAACCAAUGGUGUUCUCAGAACUGUCUAUCCGAAGCCAAAACCGAAACCUGCUCCAAUGCCAGCUAAGAAACAAGCAGCUCAAGAAAAGAAAGCCAUUCCGAAGGUUUCGCGAAAAAACACCUUCAAGAAAGGAAAACAAUUGGCUGCUUCAAAGAAACCAUCAACUUCUGCUGCAAGCCAAAAAUCGUCUACAUCAAAGAAAAAACCGUUAAAACGGCCAGAUACCAAAGAGAAACUGUAUCGUGUCGGAAAUCGCUGGGUGCGCAAAUCUAGACGUGCUCCCAAGCCUAAAAAGAAGGCGAAGAAAGAGUCUUUUGAUUCUCUUUUCGAUCGCAUGAUGGACAUUCACGGAGAUCGAGAACAGAUAAUUGACGUCGUUCUGAAAUCAACCAAUAAGGCCAAAGUCUCCAACCAUGAAGAGUUUAAACAAAUCUGGAAGGAAGUUAAUGAGGAACAGAAGAAACGUAAAGCUCCACCGCCACGAGAAUUGACCGCUCGUGAAAAGAGUUGGGUAAAUGUGUUGAACACUGCCAAGGAGCAAAAGAAAAUUCAUGAAAAAUCCCUGCUAGAUAAAGAGAAGCAACGAAAAGCUGAAAAAGAAGAGAAACUGGAGCAUUUGCGAUGGGUUUCAUAUGGACCUGAUACUCGCGAGGAGAGCGCUGUGCGAAUACUAGCUGGACUAACAAUGAAGAGAGCUAGAGUUUCUAAACUGAUUGAUAUGGUCCAACGUCUUGAUCGUCGAAUUCGAAUAAUGGCAAUUCGUCAUUCCGAUGAAGAUUAUUACGAUAGAGCACCACCCUAUAGAACGGACAAAGCAUUCCGCGAUUUUAUGUUGAACACGUUUUAUAGAAAUAAUGAGGAGUUUGUACGCCACGAACUUUUGUUGCAAAAAAGAGAGAGUCUCGUGCAGAAAAUCAGAAAACGGAUUAACCUUGAUGAAGUGUGCAAGAGACAUGUGGCACAUGCCGUUAACAACAUGAAUAUUAAACUUUGCUCGAAUCCCGCUUAUCAUCAUCCUGAUACAUUGGCAAUUGUUGAGAUGGAGAGAAUUCUUGGAGAGACUAUUAUGAAGCGAUUAUUGAAACCGCAUCCUGCAAAAUGGAUUGUCGACAAAAAGACAAUGCUUCGAAAGAAACAGCGGGCAAAAGUUCGCAAACUGAAAUUGAUUGCACGCCGAAAAGCGGCUGCCAAAAAGCGAGAAGAAGAGCAAAAGAAGCAAGCGGAGACGAUGAAGGCUAAUGCAAAUAAGGCUACUGCGUCUGAUGAGGAGCCUGUUGAUGCGAAGAAAAUGAGAAGAGAUCGCUUGUUAGCCGCUUAUGAUAAAAAGAUGGAACGUUUAGCAAUUCGUGAUCAGCGCAUAAUGAGAAAAGUUGAUAGGAAAGAAGCGAAACGCGAAGCAGCUGAAGUUCGCAGAACAUUGGAGAAUCUUCUCAACAACGUGCUCAUUCUCGUGGAUGGAGGAACUGUGCCAUCAUGCUUACCGGUUGUUAGAAAUCAGCCGCCACCAGUAUCGUUUGACACUAUUCUGAGGGCGGGUCGUGCGAAACUUGACAAUCAUACGUUGAGAGGCUACAAUCUUUAUCGAAAAGAAAUGCUGGACUUCAUACCAGAUUGGAAUGAAAUUGUUGCGACGGCGAUGCCAAAUGGUGAACAAUUUCUGCCCAAAGAACACGUCAAAAUGGUUGAAGAGAGAAGAGCCGAAGCAAGAGCAGUGCAAGAAAAGGAAAAUGCCAUAAGAAAAGAAAAAAUAAGAAAGUGGAAUGAAAGAAGACGACAAAAAUGGUUGAAAAGGAAGCGUAUGAUAAGAAGACAAAUAAGAAAUGAGAAGGAUGCCAAGAAACGAAAAGAAACUGAGAAAGAGAAAGUUGAGUCAAAGACGAUAGAAACUCUGAAGGAGAAGGAAAUCGCGAAGAAAAGCGAACCUGCAAAGGAAAAACGAUCGACUAAACAAGUGGAAACGAGUAAGAAUGAAGAAGGCAGACAAAAGAGCGAGGAUGAAUAUGAUGAAGAAAAAGAGCUUGUCAUGUGUCCGAGAUAUAUUCCUAAAGAGGUGCCGAAAAAUGAAGAAAAUGAAAAGAAAGACGAUCAGAACGAAAAGAAAGAUGACGAGAAAAGUAAACCAAAGCAGAAGGAUGGAAAAAAGAAAGAUGCUUCAAAGGAGUCAACCUCGAGCAAGAAAACUAAUGGAAAAGGCAAUGCUGACGAUGUGGCGAACAACGACAAAAAGAAAGAAGAUGACGCACUAAAGAAUCGCGUUGAAGCUGAAAUCGCAACCAAGGAUGGCGAAUUGUACAUAAUGAGAGAAGAAAUGGGACGCGUCUUCUGGGCGAAGUUGAAGAAAUCAAAGAAUCAAUUAAAAAUUGAAAAGAAGCGAAAGUGGAAGAGCAUCAUCGAUAAGAAGAAUCUCUACAGAAAGUUGAAAGUCGUCCGCCAAAUUAAAGCGAAAUACUUCCGUCAAUGCAGAUGGGCUGUUCGGGAGAAACUGAAUAGAGAACUCUACAAUGAUAAAAUGCUUCUUGGUCGCAUUUACAGCAGUGUGGCGGUGUCUGACGAUGAUUUCUAUCAACGAUUCCCAAUAAAUCGCCGCGAGGAAUUCAGCGAAGAAGAUUUGCAACAACGUGAAAAGGAUUUGAUCAUUUUCGCCAUCAAAGAAUACAUGGGCGUUGAAUUGACCGAUGUGGAGGUGGCAACGAAAGAGGAAAUUAUCGAAUCGCUAAUUGCCGAUAAAAUAACAGUGCAUGAUGUGCACCGAAUUGGAGAUGCAGAUCGUCUUGCAAAAAUGCGGGAAAGACUGCGGCAGAUUUUCGUAAAACAUGCUUGCGAGGUGGCUGAGGAGAUGCUCGGAAGCAAAAGCAAAGAAGACAAGAAAGAACUGCUGGAAAUGUUGGAGAACGGUUCAGUAGAGGUCAAGAAAUCUUCAACAGACUUCAUUUUUGACGUUCCGGAGCAUUUAAUGAAUGAGCCACUUGAAAAUAUGGGGUUGGCACCGGUGGAUCCAGACAAAAUCGUUGUUCAACCAUUCCCAUUGUGUCUUUCCAUUAAAAACUUGGUGAAGCUUCAAAAGAAGGAACGUAUUGGUCAUCGCAUAGGAAUUGUCAAUCGUUUGAAAGACAGAAUGAUUAGAAGCCAGAUUAACGAUGUGACUCUGGAGGAAAGAAAGAAGAGGGAGAAAAUGCUUCAAGCAGUUAAAGAUGAGCUGGAAGAAGAAAGGAAAAUCAAGCAAUUCGCCGAAGUUUGGGUCCGAAGCGCUAAUCUUGAAGAAGGCGAGGACUUGAAUCCUGACGAUCAAAAAUUGUUAGAUGAACUGAAAGCUGAAAGUGACAAACGAAUUGCAAAUCUCAAAGCCCAAGUGAAACGUCGGCGAGAAAUUAAUGAUGAAAUGGAACUGCUUGAAUGUGAAGAGGAGUCCGAGGAAAUCAUUGCUAAAAGGGAUUUACUGAACGCUGAGCUACGCGAUAUUGAGAACGGCAAAGUGCUUAAAAUCGAUAAACCUGAUGUGAAGAAGCUGACACGAUUGGAAAAAGAGACGAAGAAAAAUGAAGUUCUCAAGAAAAACUAUGAGUUGCUGGAGGAAGAAAGAAAAGUAUGCGUUAAAGCACUGAAAGCGAUGAUGGGCGAAAAAGAAUACGGCGCGUUGAGAAAGAAACUCAAAACUGUUCCACCACCUAAGAAGAGGAAAAAGUUGAAUCUUGGCGCUAAACCUCGUGAUACACCGGAAUACUUGGAAGUGCCGGGAUCUUCAAACCGUGAUGCGAAAUUCGUGCAGUAUCAAAAAGCGUCGCCAUUUCUUUUAUACACGCACAAUGUCAAGAAGCCAACACUCAUGGACCAUUUCAAGAACCUCUCAAAAUCAGAGGGCAUUUUUUCCGCACAUCGUCUGCUCUACCGUAUUCUCGAAAAACGCGACGAGGAAGAGCAAAUCGGAAAAGCUAUUGAGGAUACGAAGAAUGGCAAGCCAGUGCGAUUCGAUGUGAAUCCAGAAGAUCCAAAAGUUGUCCAACGAUUGAUGUAUCGAGCAACGAAGAAUAAUAUGUCUCUGACCCAAUUUGCGCCACGUCCACGCGGCCCAAAGAUUGAUGUUGAAGUUCCAAAACUGACUCUUCCUAUGCAGAUACAAAUUUAUCUUAAAAACAAUUUGAUAUCAAUGGAAGAAGCACAAGAGUUUUUGAACUUCCAUAAAUCACUGGAAAUGGAUAAGAAACUCAAUGAGAAGAAGCCUGUGAUUACGGUUAAAAGAGACAUUUUCAAUCAUCUUGAUAAAUUAGAUCGAUGGAUUUCCGCGUGCCUUGACGAAGACAUGACUUUGUUAAGAAUCUUUGAAAAGGCGUUGCACCUCUGGGACAAAGUUGCUUACAGAGAUUUGCUACGCAAAGUUCAAGCGUCGUACAAUUCGGAAGCCACUGAACAGGAAAAUAGAGAUGCUAGACUGAUGAUUAUGCGCGAAGCAAUCACAUCUUUGAAUGUCCGCAAAAUUGUUACCGAACAAGAUUAUGAAAAUCUUGCGACUACAAUUAUUAAUCCAUCAGAAAAGGAUAUUAAUGAGGCCCUUCUGGCUAAGUCGCCAUAUUGGAGAGGACCUAAAAAUGCGCAAAACGAAGAUGGUGUCGGUUUCGAUCAGAAAGGCAAUCUAUUGGAGCCAUCUACUUCUCCUCAAUUCUUCACAAAGAAGGAGCGUUUGGCACUAAAAGAUGCCGAAGAAAAAGAAGCGGCUGAAAAGGACGCUGUUCAUAAUCCUCCAGAAAGCGAUAUUCCGGAAUACAAAGAUGUUCCGAAUCGUGAAAAUGAAAACCGCCGACUAGACGAUCUCCUCUAUUAUUGCGAUUGCCUCGGCGAGCAAAUCCAAAAAUUCCAAGAUAAAACGGCAAGAAUAAAUAGAAUGAUCCGCGAAUGGAAAUUGGAUGCUGAACCGCCAAGCGAACCGAUUGCUCCGGCAGUUUUGAUUGUUGAUUGGGAGCCCAAAUAUCUGAAAAAUCGGCGCGACAUUGUAUUCAAAUCUGACGGAGUUACCCCAGAAUAUCAAGUUGGAUUACCAAUUGAUCCUAUAUAUCUUAAAAAACAUAAGCCGAAAGCUCUUGCGAAACAAAUGGAUCUCGAUCAAAUAUUUUGUGAUCAUAUUCGGGAACCAUUGGCAUGCGCUUAUCUAAGCCAUCGCAAAGUUUGCGACGACUUACUUAGUCUCAAGUACACAUUCCUUAAAAUUGCUCAAGCGUCUUACGGCAAUUCAACAGACGACAAAAGCUUAAAGUUGGAAGACAAAAGCAGAAAGGCUAAGACUCGCGCAAUCGAGAAAAUUCACCAAGACAUCGUCAAUGAACAAGUGCCAACGGACAAAGAAGCUGUUUCGGCGCUGCUAUCGGCCCGUCCAAAUGUAAAGAAGAUCCUUAAGAAAAAAGUGAAAAUUGGAAACGCGUCAAUAUCGAAAGGAAAAACUCUCAAAGGAAUGUCAGUUAAAGGCAAGAGUGUCAGCUUCAAAAUCAAGAGCAAGGAUGGUAAGAGCAAGAUUGUCAAGGCAAAGAAGAGCAAGAUCAGUACUGUCAAAGUCAAAACAGCUGUAGGCAAGAUUGUCCAAGGAAAAUCGGUGAAAUCUGACAUAGCGAAAGUAGCGACAGUCCAGUCGAAAAGUACCGCCAUCCCUCGUAUCUCCAAAUCCAAAAUCGUCAAAAUUAAAACAAUGAAACCGAACACCACUGCGACGAACACUAAGACGAAUACUGUGAAACCCACAGUAAAAAUUGAAGCUAAAAAAGAAGCUGUAAAGUCGAAAACAUCAAAGAAAAUUUUGGUGAAACGGUCGACUGCUGAAAAAACUAUUAAUGAGCCGAGCACCUCAACAGCGGCUUCUGGAAUGACGAUAAUAUCCAAGCCGUCUGCUUCAUCAGCGGCAACAGCAAAGCCUUCUAUCUCAACCAAGAAUGGAAAGACGAAAACCAUAAAGCCGACUACUUCAUCAACUGUUUCUGCGAAGUCUUCUGUGUCAUCAACGGAUUCUACAAAACCGUCUACCUCUCCCAAGAUUGAAAAGACCACCAGCGCAAAGCAGUCUACUUCAACAGCAGCUUCAUCAAAUCCUUCGACCUCAACAAAGAUUGCAAAAACUAACACUUCCAAGCCGUCUACUUCUUCUGAGGCUUCAUCAAAACCAACUACCUCAACGAAGGCUCCAGGAAAGAUGAUAACAGCUAAGCCGUCUACUUCUGUAAAGGCUUCUGUUAUUCCUUCGGCGUCAGCAGCGGAUACUGAAAAACCGUCUACUUCCGCCGCAGUUUCAAACAAGCCGUCUACGUCGGCUUCUAAAUCAGCGAAAUCAUCUGCUUCAGUAAAGAUUUCUGGCAAGACGUCGACUUCAUCAAGAGCUGUUGUUCAGCAAUCCGCAUCAGCUGCAACUACAUCGAUGCCGGCUAGUAUAAUCAAAGCUGCUGGAAAAACGACAGCAUCCAAACUAUCCACGUCGUCGUCGGCUACAGAAAAACCGUCCACAUCAACCACGGCUGCUGUAAAGACAAAAGCAGUCAAGAGAUCUACUUCACAUUCGGCUCCAGCGAAUACGUCGGCUUCCACUAGUGUCUCAGCCAAACGAUCUGCUUCCAUAUCGGCCACAACCAAACGGUCUUCUACUGCAGCGGUAUCCAAGCCUUCUACUUCCACUCCAGCGGUAUCUAAGCGUUCUACUUCCACUGUAACGGUAUCCAAGCCCUCUAAGUCAACGGCGGCUAUAGCGAAACCUUCUACUUCCACUGCAGCGGUAUCCAAGCCGUCUAAGUCAACGGCAGCUAUUGCGACACCUUCUACUUCAACAAUAGCUACCGACAAGGCAAAAGCAGCAAAGCAGUCUGUUAUCUCAUUGUCUACUUCAACCAAGGCUGCCGGAAAAACGCUACCAGCCAAGCGGCCUACUACCUCAUCGGUUGGAGAAAAGUCCACGUCAGCAGCAUGUAAGCCGUCUACCUCAACGAAGGUUCCGGGAAAGACGAUAUCAGCCAAGACAUCUUCAACAAAAUCCAAAACGGAUAGUGAUGACGGAGCAAAGUUAGAUUCAAAGGAACACAAGAAGACGAAUAGCUCUGCUGAAGAUCAAACUCAUUGUUAUCGAAUUCCUGGCAUUCCUGAUUCUGCUUAUGAGUACUAUCGUCAGCAAAUGAAAAAUAAUCCAUGGUUCCACGACGUCUUAACACCUCGGGUGACUCCAGAACGUGAUAUCACACUGCCUCCUCCUGUUGUGGAAAACGUGAUUGAAAUACCGAUGUCGCCGCUGAAAAAAGCAUCCAAAUUACCAGAGAAGGAAGCAUACAAACCGCCCGUUGUUGAUAAAGUAUCGACAUCACCUGCGAUUGAAGCACAAACAUUAUCAGUGGAUGAGGUACCGAAGUCGCCAGUGAAGGAAGUGAUGACGUCGCCAGUUAAGGAAGUACCGCUGUCGCCAGUUAUGGAAGUGCCUCUGUCACCUGUGAUCGAUGUACCUAUAUUGCCUGUGGAUGAAGCACCGAUGUCUCCAUUGAAGGAAGUGCCUAUGUCACCAGUAAAUGAAACAUCGAUGUCGCUAGUGAAUGAAGCUCCGAAGUUGCCGGUGACAGAUGAUGUUUUGAAGUUACAUGUGACUGAUGAAGUGCCAAAGUCACCAAUAAUUGAAGAACCGAAGUGGCCAGUGAAUGAAACUGUUGAAAUGGAAAAGCCGGAACUGCAGAUUAUGGAAGCUAGCAUCGAGAUCAAUAAGGAUGACGAGAUUUUGGAUGAUGCACCAGUUCUGGAAGUUUAUGAAAAAACGGAAGAAGUACCAUGUUCACCUACUCCGCCAAUUUCUGAUGCACUUCCUUUGAAGGCAACGAAAUCGUCGAAAAAAAAUGAACCGAAGCAAAAAAAGGGAAAACGUCGAUACUUGAGUACUUCUUCUGAAUCUUCAUUGUCGGAUGUCUCUUACACGCUUCUAGAUGAUGAUGACGACGACGAUGAUGAAGAAGAUGACGACGACGAUGAUGACGAUGAUGAUGAUUUCUUCAUUCAAACACCACGACCAUCCACAACAGCUCGAAGUUCAAGAAGCAAAAAACGAUCGCCAACUGUUAGUCCCAGUCGUUCUCCAUUACUUACACCAGAUUCAUCACCGGAACGAGAUGAUAGCGACGACGAAUCCCCAGGGCACACUAGCAGAUCUUUGCUGAGAAUUCCUGUUUGCGAUCGCUCCGGCACAACUUCUCCAACAGUGAUAAUGGAGUUGACCGAUGAAACACCAAAAACGACGAAAAUUCAAGUGAAAGUCGAACCUGAUGCCAGCCCGCCACCAGCAAAAAUCAAAAAAUCCACUGUUUCACCUCGAGCGAAAGGAGCGAAAUCGAGCGGAAACGCCACAAAAUUGAAGGAAGUCAAAUUGGAGCCGUUGGAUAUUGAUACAUAUGGCUAUGAUGAAUGUGCUCCAUCGACAUCGAGCGCACCUCCGCCACUGGAAUCACCGAAAAAAGUGACUCCGAGGCAGAAACCGUCUCCAGCUGCCAAGUGUAAAGUAUCGCCAUCUGCCAAGAAGAAAAGGCUUGCCAAAGAUCCCGAUCCUCCAUUCUAUGCCAAGAAAAGGAGAGUGAUCACACGUGAAAUCAAGGAAGAAGCUUUAGAUGAUUAUGGUUAUGAUAUUCCUUCGGUAUCCACGAGACGCACGAGAAGACGUACACCGCCGUCGUCCGAUGACGAUUACGAGCCCCGAUCCAGACCAUCGACUUCUCGAAGGCAUCAAGUGAAUGAAGAAGAACGUUUCAACCGCGCUGUCGAUUAUACACUACGCGUGUCUGCUGCGGAACAGAGACGAAGAAUGGCUGAACAACAGAAGGAAGAGAAGAAAGACAAGAAGCAGUAUAAGAAGUAA